AGCUCAAUAGUUCGUUUUUUUCAUUUGAACUGUGGUGGUUCAACAGUGAAGUCUUGCAAGAGUGAACAGCUAGAGCCCCAGCUUUGCCUUGGAGUGGCCUACAGGUGUAAAGGUGUGAAAGAUGUCAUUGUCUAAACGAUGGUUACAUCUUGGAAGUGCCUCUGCAGGUGGAGCAAGCCCAUUUGAUCUGGAUGAUGGCUUUUUGUUGCACUCCAGUUCAAGUACUUUUUCUACAUACAACAGUAUGGAAUUCUUGACAAGUGCACAUGAGAAGCUUGAAGCAGGCCUCUGCAUGCAGAAUGCAAUUCAGGAAUUUCCUCCCAUUCUACAUGAUGGUGUGACUACGCUCUGCGAGAGUGAAAUACAAGCAAUGGGAUGCAGUAAUUUGGAUACCCUUGCACCAUCUAGAGCUGCAGUGCAAGAGCUGUCGUAUUUAGCAAGUGAUCACAGUGGAAAAUUUAGCACCUCCAUUUUGUUCAUGGACUGUAAGUGCUCAACUCCAGAGGUGACAAUCCAGACCACAGAAGGCACUGUGGCAGAUCAUUCUGAGGUGCUUGGUGAUUUUUCCGGAGUGCAAAAGACUGCUAUUCCAUCGUGGGAAAUUUCUGCUGUCACUGACAAACUUUCAUAUUGGGAAAGCACAAAUGAGCAAGUCUCCCCUGCUGUUACUGAAUACAGUUCUAAAAUUGCAAAAGAUGAUACUCCUAUAUCUUGCCCCUUGACUCUUGAGUAGAUGUGGGCAAAACUAGCAUACCACCAGGCUCUGUCCACAACUGUUAAAUCUUUUCCUAGUACCAUGAUUUAUAAUGGACUUGGGAUUAUAGUUAUCUUUUAAAGCUGACUGGAUUUUUUUCUUCUGCAAAGAGCUCAUGAUUGAAAGGAAUAGUAUCACAAUUUUGAAAACUGCAUGAACUGGGCAAAGCCUCUGUUUACUCAAGUUUUUGCCAUGUCUUGUGCAUUGGUAGUUGUGUGCCUAAAACUAAACUUUUUUCCUACUUGUGUAUUGAGCCUAGUCCUACACAUUUGUAUAUUGUUUUAGAUGGGGUCUGCACAUGUGACACUUAAUAUUUAAAUUGGGAGUGAAUAACUUGGGGCAGUUGUGCCAAAAAAUUAAAUGUUUGUGCAUCAUGCCUCAAAUUCAUCCCAAAAGAGGUUUUAUGUUUUGACAAUAAUAAACUGAAUGGAAGUAACUGUAUUUUGGAUGCAAAUAAAACAAUGUAUUACCAGUGGA